AUGUGGUACCAGACCGUUCACGGUGGCUCGAAGCUUUGGAUCACCGUCGACCGCCACGGCAACCAGUCUCUUUUCGAGCAGUCUCGGAAGCAGCUCUGGUCCGAGAAUCCGAAGAAGCCCCACAUGCCCGUUUGGUUCACGGACUGGUCCAGCUAUCAUCGCCUUCGGGUCCAGUUCAGAGGUGAGAGUGGAAUAGACCAAGGUGGACUGGCCCGCGAGUGGCUGCAGCUAGUGCUGCAGUCCAUCGUCCUCCCAGAGACGCGGCAACGACAAGGCCUGAGAUGUGUGACGCUUGGGGAGUGCAGUGAGGCUCCAAGUCCUCAGUACCUGCUGCAGGCCCUUCCCACCGGCAACGUGAUUCCAAUCAUGGGGUGGAAGCACGAGCAGUCCACCUGGGACCUAAACCACACAAACCUGCUCAGGCUUUGGACGAGAACUGCCCAUGACAUGGCCUCAGAUAUCAAGGCCGAGGUUGACCAGAAAGGCUACUUGCAAACCGGGGUCUCAAAACUCUAUGGCUUGACCAAGGAUGAGUUGACCCAGACAGCGGAAGAAGGCUUGCUGAAUCUCUGGACGUCCCGUGCAGGCGCCGUGAUCUCUCACGCGAAGCGUGAGGCGGGGAGGGAGGCCCUGCUGAGCUACUGGCUGUCCAGUGCUUACGACGUGGUCAUGGGCAUCAAUCGUGAUACACGGACGCUUCCCCAAGAGGCCCUGAAGCGCUAUAACUUCCUAGGCCAGUGGCUUGCCAGAGCCUACGUGAUCAGCAAGGAGGGCUUCUCGCCAGUGGGGUUCCACCCCCUCAUCUACGAGAGCAUCUAUCAUGGUCGGGUCCAGCCUCCCGAGUUCCUCCCCUGGCCGCGCCACUACAAGUGGGAUGACACCAUCCAGGAGUGCGAGUGGCUGGCGACCGUGUUCGGGAGGAGAAGCCCUCAGGAGCUCGAGUCGUACGGCUGGACAAGCUGCGAUGAGUUGAAGGACCCGGCGACAGGGAAGUACGUGGACGAGAAUUGCUUCAAGCCCCUCUACCGCGACCGAAGCAUGUGGGAAGACGUGCUCUUCACCGAGUGGGGUGCUUUCGUACCCUUGGGGGUGAAUGAAACCGACUUGGUGCCCUUUGACCAGGCCAAGGAGUACACGCGGCUUCUGUGCCAGCACACCUGGGAGAAGGGCUUCGUGGAUCCUGUCCGGGAGAUCGUCGACGGAUUUCGGGCCACAAUUUCCAGCCGAAGCUUCUGGAGCAAGCUCAACUCCGCGGACGACCUGAAGGAUCUUGUUGAAGGCUCGCCAGAGAUCAACCUUCCGAGCCUCUUGGAUGCUCUUGGCUACGCGGGGUUCACCGAAGCGGAGAAGCAGACGAUGAUCCAGACUCUCGAGGACCUUCGACAGAAAGGGGAAGGUUUGCCGCCGAUGGAAAGACCUCUUAAUAAGCUCGUGCGCUUCUUCACGGGCUCCUUCAAAGACCCCGUGGGCGGCUGGAAGAAAGCUGCCAGUCCGCACUUCGUCGCACGGCCCGCAGACAGAGUUCGGCUUCGCUUGAUUCCUGAGACGGGCACCGGACCUGGGACGCCGCGCAGUAUGAUGCGGGAGCGGAGAAAACGCGUUGAGGAUGAGAAGUCGUUGGCUACAGCUCCCGCUUGGAUAGGGCCAUCCAUGCAGAGCGUCGUCCAAUCUGCGAUGAAAGCCCCAGACCCAAUACCGAUCGGAACGCCAGCGCCGGAGCAGCCGCCCAGGCCUCUGCCAGCCGAUCUUCCAUCGGUCGGCAGUGCCCAGCAUCAUGAAGGGCUUUGCAAGAGGUGCUGCUUCUUCCCAAAAGGGCGCUGCAACAAUGGCCGCGACUGCGAGUUCUGCCAUUACGAGCACGAGAAGAGGAAGCGCAAGAAAAAGAAGAAGGGCGCGAUGUCCAAGAACAAGGAGGAGUCUGACAGCGACGAAGAAGAAUCUGACAGCGACGUGAAGGGAGAUGGCAGAUCACUGGAGCCGCAAGAUGGAGCAGACCUCAUGGGAAGGCCUCGAACUGCGGGGAUCAUUGGGCAAAGUCAACGGCCCAGCCAUGAGGUGUGGGGAAUGCCACCACAGGUUCCUUUGGGGCCUCCGCCGAAUCCGCCUAUGACCGUGGCCCCGCGUGGGCUGCCGGAAGAUCCCUUGUACCCCAUGACGGAUCAGUCAAUGCCGCCUGCGAACAUGAGCGCUGCGCAGUUGGACGCCUACUAUGCAGGAAUGAGUUACGGCGCUGGCGCCGCCGCUGCGGCCGCGGCGGCUGCGGCAGCUGCCUCGCCGUACGAUCCUGCCGCGGCCGUGGCUGCUGCGGCCGCCGCCGCUGUUGCCGGAGUCGAUCCGUACGGGUACCACCAGCCGCCACCAGACCCAAGGCCGCCGUGGGCCCACGGGCACCUACCCCCCCUACCGACGCCAGGCUACCCUGGCGCACCCCCUCCGGUGGCCCCUCCCCCACCGACCUACGCCCAUGCGGCGCCGAGGAUGCCGCCUCCGCGCUAG